UUUCUGCUGUCCUCUGAGACAGAGAAUAAAAAAGCUACCUCCUGCCCAAAGGCCUAGCAGCAGACUUGGAACCUGAGGGCUGAUCAGAAUGAGGGCCUCCCGGCUGGGGCGGAUAAAGGUGGAGAUCCUACCAGAACAGGAAUACUGAAAGGGAAGGGCCCGCCCAACACCUGGAUUCCAGAAAUGCCAGUGUGCACUGAGGCCAUUGGCUGGUUGGCCAGCACUGGAUCCUGGGUGAUGUGGUAGGUAGGGAGACCUUCUGGAAGAGACGACCAGGAAGAAAAGCAGAGCCAAGUCACAGUAACAGUAAGCUGAUGUGAGGUCCUGGAGUCAGUACGGGGCUAGUGUCCUGGAUUUCCACACUAAAAACCUGGAAGGAAUGAACUAUGGAACUGCUGGAGACCCUGCAGGUGACCUGGGAGGGGCCAUGGUGCCAAGCCAGUUGUGGGGGAAACUGAAGAAGCCAUUUCUCUUGCUGGGUAGUUCCUCCCUCCUGCUGGGGCUGGCUCUGCUGGCCUUAGAGCCCAAGGUGUCCCCUGUUGCUUAUGUCUUCUUCUGCUUAGCUGGCUUCUUCUUUCUUGCCUGCCUGCUGGCCUGUUGUCUGGAAUGGGGCCUCCAAGCAAUGCAGAGAACCAUGCAGACCGAGAGCCCAGGGGUCCUGGGCAAUGCACGGGACAAUGAAGCUUUUGAAGUGCCAACCUAUGAACAGGUCGUGGUGGUGUUGGAUUCCCAACCACAGGGCCACCCUCAAGUGUUGGAUCAACCACCUCCUUACAACAGUGUUGUAAUAGCUCCUGGCCUUGAGGUUGGACCUUGUCAACCACAGGCAUCCAGCACAGGCAGACUGGAGAGACGCGUGGGCUCAGAAGGGACCAUGACUGGGAAAGCAAACCCCGGAAGAGCUCUUCGGCUUCGGGGUCCACGGGUUGUAUCCACUGCUCCUGAUCUGCAAAGCUUGAGGGCACCCCCCAAAAUGGAGCCUCUUACUCCACCUCCUGCCUAUGAAGUCUGUUUUGCCCACCCUGAUGACGAUGAUGUUUUCUAUGAAGACAACUGGACACUCCACUAAGCCAUUCUCUCAGGACCUAUCACCUCUCCACACCAGACCCACUCACUUGUCGUUUGCCCAGCAUUUCCCAGUGCCUACUGAGUCCGGAGAACUGUGCUUCUGCUUAGACAUCACAAAUAAGGCCUUGAACUCAGUGGGGAGUCAGGCUAUGGUAAGCCCUUUCCAGCCGACAUGUAGAUGACACACUUUGGUUCUCUGGGCAGCGUUCAGGGACCUACACCAUGUCUAGUAUCUCCAGAGUCAGGUUCAGAGAGAUAGGGAGAGGCGAUCCCGAGAACCUGGAGAAGUGACAUCUGAGAGACAGCUAUGCCACAUCUGUUCCCGACGCCAUGCCUCUCUUGGAGCCCCUUGUGAGGUAUCAUCCUCACUGGAAAGUGGCGGUUCCCAGUGACAGAGGAGUUGGAUAACUUGUGCGUGCAUACGCACAGAAACCUGCUAGCAAAUAACAUAAAAAUAACUCAUAAUUCCAAA